AUGUCACCCCUUGGAGGCGACACCAAGUGUGAGUGUGAUAGUGAAACUGGUGAUGGAAGGAGCAGAGAGGCAACAUCAAUUCAGGACUUGGAAGAGGAGUUGCAGACGCAGCCACAGUCAGGAUCACAUCCAACAGGACCCCUCCAGCCAUCCAUCUCCAGUGCACUGCCAGAUAACAUCUCUGAGGAAACCCAUGCCACACUCAGCGACUCUUUUGCACACCACCUUGAGCCAGACACAAGCGGCCCCCCGAAUAUCCUGCUACAUCAUGAGACUAGGGAAGGGCAUCUUGAAUUUCUCCUGUGGGCGCCCAUAUGGCAGUUGGAGGAUGACGUUGCGAAGGUCCAUCCAGAUCAGCUCAAGCAAUACAAGGAGAGGUUGGACGUCGGGUCUGCAAGAAGGGCCUCUCAGUCAAAUGUUAAACCCCUUUCCGGACUAUCCCACACCAGUACAUCUGCAACUGAAGCAGUCCAAAUACAACAAUCCUCCAGAGACAAGAUCACAUACCGGAGGGUGGGAUUUCGGCGCGUCAACGCGUUGUUGAUGGAAGAUAUUGUGUUCUUGACGAUAGGCUCCAUACUGUUGAUGGUCUUUGGUUGCCUCCUCAUGGUCACCUUGACAGUUGAUCUAUCGCGCUUGUGUUCUGCUCAAAUAGGGUUUGCGCAGGCCUGGGAUAUAUGGAGUGACAAGCAAUUGCCAGCUCAUUCCUGGUGUUACCGGCGAAGACGGGUUAAAAGUGAAAGAAUAAUAAACCCCUCCCCCCUUUACCAUGGAAGAGAUUACAGCGAACGGAAGGUCGAGGGUCUGGAUGGGAAAAGACGUCGCUGGACUCGAGAGGAGGACAACCGUCUAAUGGCCCUGAAGCAGGAUGGCUUCUCUUGGCCGGAGAUCGAGGAGCGGUUUCCACACAGACAACUCGGCUCCUUGCGGCAGCGAUGGUACACAAAACUUCAGAAUACGCACGCAAGCAACCCUCCCACCGACAAGCGGAGGCAAGAGGGGAAAUGUCGUGCGUCGGCUGGUGAACCCCUUCCAUUAUCGAAGCCGCCCACGCCCCUCGAAACUUCACAUCGCUCUCCCGGCGGACAACCCCAACCAGCAGAUGAUCCGGCCACACCGAAUGCGAAACCCCGCACACCAUCUCCGUCCUCAACAGUGACCUCCAUGUGCCCAGUGUGCAAUUCUGUGGUCGAGGUGGAAGCUUCCAGUGCGUUCAAUGCCGCCAACAAUCGCAUGCGGUGGUCCCGACUUUGUUAUCCCAUCAUUGCUUGGGACCGCCUAGAUGAUCGGUUGACUCAAUUCCAUCCUCGCCUGCGCCGGACCCUCGAUGACCCCGGGUACCGCUCCCGCUAUAAGAGUGUUGUGCACAAGAAAGUGCGGAAGCAUGGCAGGAAUAUCCUCUCCCGGAGUGUCCUGCACAGUACUGGCUACUAUGGCCUUAGAGGCCAUGAGAUUCUCUCAGCGCAUGUCGUGUCUCACUUUAAAGAUGCCAUCGACUCACUGGCCGGAAUCAAUAGCGUGGCGUCGAAGUAUGGGACCGUUGUGUAUGCCCAGGAGGUUUUGGUUCCCGAACUGCUGGAGAUGUUGGUUCAGGAGGACAUGGGAGUCGAUGCCAAAGGGGCCUGCUGGAUUCUGAAGGAGAGCAACAAAAUCGGGAAUUUGCUUAAUCUUGAGUGA